AUGUACAAUUUAUAUAAAGCAGAAUUAAAAAGUGAAUCUGAAACAGUACCAUCAGUAAAAGAACCAACAAAAGAAAAGGAAGAAACGCCAGCUACAUCAACACCAAAUGAAACAGAAGAACAAAAAACAGUUUCAGAAAACUCAAAAAAACUGUCAUCAAAAAUAUCAACACCAACAGAAUCGAAGCAACCCCCACCAGAAAAAGAAGCUAAGCCUUUGGAAAUACCUCCAACACAUGAAGAAAAUACACAAAACCAACCACACCAAGACGAACAAAAAGAACCACAAAUACCAAAAACAUCACAACUACAGGAAGGAGACAAUGUACCAACACAACAGAAAGGAGAAAGUUCUUCACAACAAAAAGGAGCUGAUGAAAAUGAGAAAAACACAAGUGAUCAAGCCGAAGGACAACAAAAAAAUACAGGUGAAGAAAAACCAUCACAAGACGAGGAACAUUCACUAUCAAAUAAUCCCAAAACCGAAGGAACUCAAACUGAACAAGGACAACAACAAGGUGGGUUAGUACCACCACGAAUCCAAGAAGAAACCCCAUCACAAAAAGAGAAACAUGAAAAAGACGAGAAAACACAAAACCAAGAACAACCUCAUCAACCACAAGAAGGGAAAAAUCAACCAGAAGAUGAAAAAAGUAAAAAAGAUAAUGAUAGUAAUAAACCAGAUAACACCAACCAAAAUAACCAGCAACCAAACAACACACCAGAAGAUGAAAAGAAGAAUAAUCAAAAAGAUGGAAAUCAAGAAAUAGAUAAUAAAACAGCAAGUACUUCUGAUAGUUCAGAAAGUAAAACAGAUGAUGAUAUUAAUAAAAGGAAUCUUGAUGGUACAUCAAGCAUAUUUAUUAUUCUUUGUGUUACCAUCAUAUUUUUAUUCUUCUAA